AUUAUGAUGUCUCCUUACCAUGGUUAACCGGAAAGAAAGAAAUUUGGUUGCGGUUCUACAAAUAAGACAGAUUCAACAUGGAUUCUUGCAUUGAACUGUAACUGCAGAAAGAAGAAACAGUGAUGACAGUUCAAAAUUGUCAUUUGACAUAUUUGCAAAACUGGGCAACACUUAUUUAUCAAAUAAAUUCAUACAGGUGGGAACAUUAAUUUGUCAGAAACGUCAAAUAUUUAUUUGGUAUUUUGUGUUAUUCAGCUGAUUCUUGUGGCAAAAAACAUUUGUAUAUUUAAUAAUAAAUAUAUAGAAGAUCAUUCUUAUGUUUUUAAUAUGCCUCAGUUCAACGAAAAAGCAGAUAGUUCUACCUCAAGAACAAUAUAUAUUAACCCACAUUUUAACAAACAAAUGCAACCAAUGACGAUUGGCACAGCAAAUGCAGUUAUAAACAAAACAAUAUCAUCUGGUGCUCACAUCAACCCAUUGUUUUUGGGUGUUUAUCGACCACCAGCAAUACAUAUGAAUCCUAACUUUUUCAAUAGUAAAAUCCUUGAACAACAAAAAUUGCCACUAAAUUAUGAAAUAAAGUGUUCGGAAAAAGUGAAGUUAGUAACCAAAAAUACUCCAAUUAAAACAAAUCAACCAAAUAGUUUACUUUUACAUGGUGAAAUUAUCGAUCUAUGCGAUGAAUCUGAUCAGGAAGUGGAAAAAGCAUCUGUAAAUACUAAUUUGAAUAUAUUACCAGUAAGUAAAGACCCAAAACAAAAAAUUAUAACUAAAUCACGCACCAAAAUUGUUCGUGAACCAGCGGUAAUAACAAAAGUUAUGCCUGCGCCAUCACCGCUUAUACGUUUAAGUAGUAAAAAAUUAGUAAGAAGAACACAUACAUCUCCAGCUGUUAGCAUAUUACGUAAUAUUACCCCCGCCUCCGCUAAAAACACACAUGGAAAGUACAAACUAGAUCGACGGCCAGGUUUGCCUUUAAUAGCAACAGCAGGUGUGAAACUAAAACGGAAAAGUUUUGUAGCACGCUACGCUUUGCAACGCUCAACUUCUGAAACAAAAAGUGCCAUAACUUCCUCUAAGCUACGGUCACUGCCUGUUAACAAAAAAUUGCAAAUGCUUAAUAUAAAUGGGGUGCUGUACAGAUCAACUCGCAACAAAUUACAAAGAAAAGAUAAUAGCGUUGCAUCAAAUCAAAUGACAUCAGCAAAAAUAUCUCCUAUAAGCGUAAAAACUAAUCCCAUUAAAAACACACUUCCAAAACCUAGCAAAACGGCAUACGAGCGUGUGCUAUUUGUUCAUGGCACAAAAUUUAUUUUAGAUAAGAAUGGUUUCAAACUAACCCGUAUUGCACCUACCACCAAGGACAGCGUAACGGGUACACCAAAGCCUACAAUACCCACUCAAAGGCAACGCCAGCGUAUAGACAUUGGUGGCUUAACGUAUAUAGCCUCCACAACGCAAAACGUAUUCGUGCGUACUCGCAACCAUUUGGCCUUGGCACAUCUAAAUACGGCGAAGAAUCGCAGCCUGCAAUUACUUGCGCGUCGUUUCGUCAAAACCAAUGUACCAUGUGCCAUAUUCCAACGCAUAGGCAAAUGCAUAGCGCACGAAAGAGGGAAGUGCAACAAAGUGCAUGAUAAGAACCAAGUUACUAUUUGCCCAAGAUUCCUGCGUAGUGAAUGUCACAACUCAGAUUGUUUACUUUCACAUAACGUUUCGCUUGCGAAAAUGCCAGUUUGUAAAUUCUUUCUACAGGGUGUUUGCGUGCGCCCAGACUGUCCAUAUCUACACAAAAAGCUUAGCGUCAACGCAGACAUUUGUCAGGAUUUCCUACGGGGUUACUGCAAAUUAGCGGAGCAGUGCAACAAGCGUCAUGAAUUCUUGUGCCCUGAAUACGAGCGUAAUGGUAGCUGUGAAUUAGCGAGUUGUGUGUAUUGCAAGAAUCGCAAACGAAAACUUUUAAACGAGCCAACAAAACAGCAAAAUAAACAAGUGCAUAAUGCUGCAUUAAAAGAAAUUGCUGUUCAAGGCACACAGGAAAAUUCGGGCGUAGCAAAGCGUUAUUUCAUUGACAAAUGUCUAAACGCAAAUGCAACAACAACUUGUGAUAAAACGGAAAAGGAUGAGAGUGCUGAAAAGCAAGAGUUUGACACACAUUCGGAAGAGUUAGAUUCUGAUACUGAAAUGCCGUCUGCACCUGUGCGCCCCAAAGUCGGCGCGUUGCCAGCCUUCAUACCGCUCUUGUGAAAUUAAAAAAAAUAAAUAAAAAAUGUAAUGAUGAAACUACUAAAAAGCUGAAAAGUUAUUGAAAUUUUGCUCUUUUACAAGCAAGUAACUGUGAAUUUAAUAUAAUACUUAAAUGCCUAUAGGGCCGAUAUCCAUACAUCCAUUUUUUUUUCUCUUAAACUGUAAGUUAACUGAAAUAUCAA